GCAGGCACUGGGUCAUCAGGUACCGGAUCGUCUGGAUCAACAGCGGGCACCGGGUCAUCUGGCGCUGGAUCGUCUGGCUCGACAGCGGGCAUCGGGUCACCAGGCAUGACAGUGGGCUCCGAGUCAACUGGCAUGACCGCGGGCACUGGGUCAGACAUUGGAUCGUCUGGCUCCACAGCGGGCAUCGGGUCACCAGGCAUCAGGUCAUUUGGCUCGACAGCGGGCACCGCGUCAUCUGGCAAGGCAGUGGGCACCGAGUCACCAGGCACGCCAGUGGGCUCUGAGUCAAUUGGCACGACAGCGGGCACCAGGUCAUCAGGUACCGGUUCGUCUGGCUCAACAGCAGGCACCGGGUCAUCUGGCGCUGGAUCGUCUGGCUCGACAGCGGGCAUCGGGUCACCAGGCAUGACCGCGGGCAAUGGGUCAUCAGGCAUUGGAUCGUCUGGCUCGACAGCGGGCAUCGGGUCACCAGGCGUGAUAGGAUCAUCAGGCUGGAUCAGCUGGGUACAGACAUCAGGCUGAAGUGCGGGUGCCGAGGCACC